AAAACAAGCCAUAGACUUAUUCUGCUGCCAUCAUGGCCAGGGUCUUCACGAAAAUGGUCUGCUUAUUAGCUUUACUCUCACAACUGUGUGCACUCACUGUGUUUGGACAGGACUUAUUUGUAAUCACAGAAACCGAUUAUACUGACGCUUAUGAAUAUUACUGUGAUUAUACCGCUGAAACCCCAACAGAAGAUGCUGAUAUGACUCUAGCUGACUGGUUGUACGAACUCCUGGAUAUCACAGAUGCGUGUGAUCCAAACCCAUGUUUGAACGGAGGGAUCUGUGACCGCGCUGUUUAUGGGGGCUCCACAUGUUUGUGCCCUGAGCCUUACUCAGGAAAGAAGUGUCAGACAGUGAAAGAUGUUUGCAAGAAUGUGAAAUGUGGCCAUGGAAGCUGUGUUGUCACAUCUACUGCUCCAUACUACGAGUGCAAGUGCAAGCCCCCAUACAAACCACCCGACUGCAGGAGAGCUUCUCCCUGCAGGCCCAACCCCUGUCAGAAUGGAGGCUCUUGCAUGAGGGGUCCCAAACGCUCCUCCUUCCAGUGUUCUUGCGCUGAUGGAUAUGGUGGGAAAUUCUGUGAAGUCGGGCCAAACGACUGUUACCAAGGGGAUGGAGAGUUUUACCGCGGCACGGUGAGUGUCACAGUUGAAGGGGAGGAGUGUCUGGACUGGAAUUCCCAUUUCAUCCUGCAGAAAGGAGGAGAUCCCUUCAAAGAGUAUGCAGGCUAUGACGGACUUGGACCACACAAUUACUGCAGGAACCCUGAUGGAGAUGAUCAGCCCUGGUGCUUCAUUAACAAAAAUGGCAAACUGAAGUGGAACUAUUGUCAAGUCAGGAAAUGUUCUGCAGUUUCCCUCCCAGCUCCAGCUACCCCACCAACCAUCCAUGUCACAGAUUCAACUCCAGUCAAGCAAGACGCUGCUGCUGCCCAGUUCUCCCAGUGCGGGAGGGCACAGCCCGGCCGCUCGGCCAGGAUCUUCGGAGGGAAGAAAUCUCUUCCUGGGGCUCAUCCUUGGCAGGUUUCCCUGCAGACCAGAUCCAAAGGCUCCUCCGGGUCCUUCAGCCACAUCUGUGGUGGCAUCCUCCUCGAGUCCUGCUGGGUUCUCACCGCUGCACACUGCAUUAAAAGUGGAGUGGAAAUGCAGGUGGUGCUGGGAGGAGUGGACAUAGAGAAAGAUGAAGUGUAUGAUCAGGUCGUUCCUGUGGAGAAGGCCAUUGUGCAUGAGGAGUACAAAGAGACCCCCUUUGCUCUUCAUAAUGAUGUUGCCAUGCUUCAGCUGAAGGUCGUGGACACACCGUACUGUGCCAAAGAAACCCGCUUUGUAAAGACGGCCUGCCUGCCAAACCAGCCCUUCAGCAGUGGGACGGAGUGUGUGAUCUCAGGGUGGGGUGUGACUGAAACGCAGAAUUACGGUACCAACCAGCUGCUGGACGCUCGUGUUCUCCUAAUCUCUCAGGAGAAAUGUAAAGCUCCCCAUGUGUAUGGAGACGCUCUGGAUGACAGCAUGUUCUGUGCAGGCACCAUGAAAGGAGGCGUUGACUCCUGCCAGGGUGACUCUGGCGGCCCCCUGGUGUGUGAGCGUAACGGGACCCACUAUGUAGUUGGUGUGGUGAGUUGGGGCGACGGCUGCGGCAAGAAGUACAAGCCUGGCGUCUACACCAAUGUCGGCAGAUUUGUUGACUGGAUCGCUUAUCAUUUACUCUCCUCAAGAGUUAGAUUCAGCACCAUGUUGGCUGCAGGGGCCCUGCUCAUAAGCCUGACUGUACUGACAGUUCAUGGAUUUGACCUGACCCUGGAUGACAUGUACAUAGAUUAUGAAGACUACACAACAGACAUCCCUCCCAUAUUUUUUGAUAUAAACGACUGGUUGAUUGACCUCCUGGACGAGUCCAAUGUUUGUGAUCCAAACCCUUGCUUCAAUGGUGGCUCGUGCCAAAGUAAAUCCAAUACAGAAUUAGAAUGCUUAUGUUCAGAGCCUUACGUAGGCAAGAGGUGUCAAAAAGUCAGAAACAUUUGUGAAAACGUCAGAUGUGGUCAUGGUGACUGUGUUGUCAACCUAAACAAACACCCAUUUUACGAGUGCAAGUGCAAACCCCCAUACCAAGGCCCUAACUGCAAUUCCUUGCCAGCGUCCCCCUGUGAACCCAAUCCUUGCCAGAACGGAGGGUCUUGCAUAAGAGGGCAACGUCGUUUUCGCUGUGCUUGUCCCGAUGGAUAUACAGGGAGGUUCUGCGGAACUGCUCCCACUGACUGCUAUGAAGGAAAUGGAGAGACAUACAGGGGUGUCGUCAGUAUGACAGAAGACGGGGAGGACUGCCUGGACUGGCAUUCCUAUUUCAUCGUGUUAAACGGGGAGGAUCCUUUCAAAGUGUACUCAGACUUCAAUGGACUGGAAUAUAACAACCAUUGCAGGAACCCAGAUGGGGAUGAAAAGCCUUGGUGUUUUAUUAAGAAGCAAAACAAACUAAAAUGGGGCUUCUGCAAAAUCAAGAAAUGCUCUGAAGUUCCGGCCACUCCACCUACAUCAGUCAAACCAGAGCCAGGCUUCUCCCAGUUCUCCCAGUGCGGAAAAUCCCUGCCUGUUCGAAUUAACAGGAUUUAUGGGGGCAGCAAGUGUUUCCCCGGCGCCCACCCCUGGCAGGUGUCGGUGCAGAGCAGAGCAAUCGGCUCAUCCUAUGAGUUUCGCCACAUGUGCGGCGGGAUCCUCCUCACAUCCUGCUGGGUCCUCACUGCUGCCCACUGUGUUGAACCUACUGAUGAAUUCCAAGUAGUGUUAGGAGGAGUGAACAUAGACAAACAUGAGGAGAUGGACCAGACCAUCCCAGUGAUACAAACAAUUGUUCAUGAGAACUACAAGCAGACUCCUGAAGCACUUUACAAUGACAUUGCCCUGCUUAAACUCAAAGUUACAGACAGUCCCUACUGUGCUAGGGAAACUCCCUUUGUGAGGACAGUGUGUCUACCAGACCAGACCUUCCCAGCUGGAAAGCAGUGCGUGAUCUCCGGAUGGGGAGCCACUGAAACCCAGUUGUACAGCAGCCAGCUGCUGGAUGCUCGUGUUUUGCUGAUAUCUGAACAGCGAUGCAAAGCUCCUCAGAUCUAUGGAAAUUUACUGGACAGCAGCAUGCUCUGUGCAGGGAUUUUGAACGGUGGCAUCGACUCCUGUCAGGGUGACUCAGGUGGCCCAUUGGUGUGUGAGCAAAACGGAACACACUACAUCACUGGUGUGGUGAGCUGGGGCAAUGGCUGUGGUCAGAAGAACAAGCCCGGCGUCUACGCCAACGUCCACACAUUCAUCGACUGGAUCAGGAGCAGGAUCAACUGAACAUUAGUCAGCUGAACUACAUUACUGAUACACUGUGUCCCUGGGAAAAUCCUUCCUUAUUUUGGGAAGAAAAAGAGAUGACAGCUUAGUUUGCCUUGAAAAAAAAGUUUAUUUUAUCAGAGAUAAAACCAAGCAUUUACUCCGAGUCCAGCUUUGAGUUAAAAGAGGCACUGUUACAAACUCACAAAGCUGAACCUGCCAGAAAAAAUGUAGAUCACACAUCAUUUCAGUAGGCCUAUACUUCUUUCUCACUGACUAUCAGACCUUGUAAGAAAACUGCAUGGCUGCAACAAAGUUUUGCCUGAGCCUUUUCCAUUGGAAGUUGUUCCUCUCUAAAGAUAAAAAAGAAAAAUUGAAAAAAAUCUUCUGAAGUGCUGGCCAUAUAACAAAUCUCUGGUCCAGCUCCCGUUCUUCUGAACACACUCAAUAUACAAAAGCAAUGGCAAACUUUCCAUCCAGCAUUUCAUCCAGUAUCACUUUUGUCCUAAAACAAUCUGAAUUCAGUUUUGGUGUUCUUAAUGUUUUUGCUUGAACUGAAAAUUGUCCUUGUUGGGGCAGUUUCAUGGUCUCACGGGCCCUAUAUAUAACCCAACCUGAAGCUUUGAUAAAAAGUUUAAAAAAAAACAAAACAAAAACAAAUUUCUUUCAAAAUGAAAAUAAAUUUUUUUCUGAAUUCCCUUUU